UAUAUUGCACAUUUUGUUCAAAGUGUAUGAAAAGUGUUUAAUAAGAAAUUUAUUAUAGAUGAUGAUGAAUUUACAAUUAACUACAUAAUGCAGUUGAUAAGUAAGGGUUUCAUUUCUUUGAAAGAUGCCUUACACACGAUGCGUAGGGUCAAUGACGAUGGAAGUGAAAUCCACCUAUAUUCUACGGGUGUACCUGCUACAGGUUGUAAUGAUGAAACAUGCGCCACCUCUCAAGAUUACGAAGAUGAAGAAGUUGAGCCAACUGAAGUUGUAAACGAUACUGCACAGGAUAACCGAUGGUCAGAUGAGGAAACAAAGUACCUGUUAGAUCAAUAUCAAAUAAAUUUAAAUAACAUUGGACCUAAAAAAAAAUUUAAAAAUAAGAAGGCACUAUGGAAUUUUUUGAGUUGUUUAUUAACUAAGAAAUUUAAUAUAAAUCGCAGUGCAACACAGGUUGAAAGCAGAUAUAAAACUGUACUUCGGAGAAAAAAAAGGGCAGUAGACAACAAUAAUCGUUCUGGACGAUCCUAUAUUGGUGUACCUUUUCAAGAGGAAUUAGACAAAAUAUGCCGGCAAGAUGACAGUAUCAUCCCAAAUAUAUUGCGGUCCGAACAGCAAGUAGAGUUUCAGAAAGAAGAUAGUUCAAACGAACAAUAUACACCCCAGUCUUCAUCAAUAGAUGAUGUACUACCUGCUAGUCCAGCUUCAGCAAGCGAUAGAGCUACGCCUUCACUAAUGUCAAAAAAACGGAAGCAAUCCACCUCAAGUAAGGAUAUUUUAACGUUUUUAAAAGAAAAGGAGACCAAUAAAGAGCGUCGACAUCAAGAAAAGCUACAGAUACUGCAAGAAACUAAAGAUUUAUUACGUGAAUUAAUAGCACUAAAGAAAGAUAAAUAAUA